AUGAGCAGCAGCAAAGACAAGUUUCCCGCCGACGAGGUGGUCGCCGCCCACAUGCAAGAAGCCGCCCCACCGGCCUACGACGACCACCCGGACUUUACCCCGGAGGCCGGCCAGCCGGCAGCACCUGAGUACACCGAGUCAGCCGAGGCCAGCUCCAGUUCCGCCCAGCCAGGGGCCGUCGCGGCUGUUCCGUACCGGCCCUUCCCGGCCCUCAUGACGGCACACUACCGCAUUCAUCUCCUAGGCGUGAAGUACUUCGACCUCUGCGGCGCGACCAGGGCCGACAAGCUGUACAUCGUCGAGGUGACGCUGGGCUGGCACACCAACGGGCCUCUUGGCAAGCGCACCGGCAUGCUGCUACACAACGGCAUGCAAAAGAGCGACACGGUCAUCGCGGCCGCCGGGGCGGAUACCAGCUCCGCCGGAUCGGACCUCGGCUGUGCGGUCAACACUAUCAUCAAGAUCCCUGCCCUUCCUGGUAAGGGGGCUUCUGACGCACACGGCCUGGUGACGGAGAUGAUGCGCGCCGGGACGGUCAGGGAGGGCGAGAACACGAUCGUUAUGUUCCGCUUUGGGAUCGAGGUCGGCAGCGAGGAGAAGAUGCGGCGGGAGACGUUCGAGUGGCGGAGGGUGUCCAAGGCCGGGGCAGGGGGUGACUUCCCCGCUGGCGGGUACAAGUUGCUUCGGCUUGGCAUGACUGAUAGCUCCAAUGGCAGCGCCUACGAGGGCGAGUCGUCAAUGUCUGCAACUUUCGUCCCGGGGGUGACGGCGCCAUUGCCAGAUACCGAGGGUGCAGACGUCGUUGCCACGCUUGCCUGGCCUGGGGUGCCCGUGAACAUGCGGGACGCAUUUACGUUACGGCUUGUGGGUAGCGGAGAGUCAGGGGUAUUGGGUCAGCGGUGGUCGCUGAUGACAGUGAUCACGGCACUACGUCUUUGGGAGCACCACUCCAUUGGCAACGAGACCAAGUUUGCUGCACGGAUGGGAGAGAAGAUACGAAGCUGA